AUGUUUAAAAUGGGUUGGGAGUACAUCAUUACUCAAUUUGGUUUGGUCUUUAACAACAAAUGCAUUGCCUUUAUCAGUGAAUCCAAUAAUAUCUUCAUUCUCGGGAUUCUAAAAGUUAUUAAAAAUCAAUUGAAUAUAUUUAAUAAUUCGAGAAUUUAAUUCCUAAAAUCAUCAAAAAUUUAGAUGAUCAAUUUAGGAAUAUUCGUAGAUGUUUUGAGUAAAAAGUUUGGCACCCCUUUUUUCAUACUUUUUGCUUUCUUCUAAGACAUUCCAAAGAGUUCCUAAUAUAUAUUUUGCAAAUUAAAAAAAUUAUUAAAAUAUCUGAUUAUCUAUGCGCCUUUUGCUCAUAUUAAUAUACAAUAAUAAAACAAUAAGUUAAAUUUGUCAAAAAGAGAACAUAAUAUUCAUGUUUUAUCACUAUUCUGA